GACCCAGCAACAAAAAAUCAGCGUGGUAGCACUGCCAUGCACUAUGCAGCAAAGAAUGGAAACGAAACUAUCCUAGGCUACCUUCUAGCAAAACAAGUAAACCUUAAUGUGCAAGAUUGCCAAGGCCGCACCCCGCUUUUUGUUGCAAUACAAAAUGGCGACGUCUCCGUGGUGAGCCUGCUUCUACAGUCAGGGGCCAGUGUAUAUAUGAAGGAUAACUUCGGUAAAACU